UGGCGCCGCCCCGCACACACGGCGGGCACGGAAACUAGACCGUACACCGAGUGUCUCAGCACAACACCACUGUUCGCCCACAUCUCUAGCAGACGACGCCUUUCUGAGCACUGGGUGUCGUCGUCUGCUCAGACCACUCAACUUUGUGGCUUGGCUUUGUCAUCAAGUUGUUUCUUGCUGUGCCAAACAACGGACAAAGAAGUGGUCCCCGUUUUCCGUACGCGGGGAAGGGUGUUCGCGGCGGCUUGCAAAAGGUGGUCCCCGGGUGAAACGUCUCCCAGCGUCACGUCAGCGUUGCGCCGCGCUCAACGCGGUCAGCGACGCGCGGUGAGUGAUCGGUGAUGGUGCAGAUAAAGGAAAAAAACGGAGAUACCUUCGGCGAGAAGGAGUUCGUCGUCAUGAAGGAUAACAUCGAGGAGUUACGCAGGAGGAUCUCCGAAGAGGCCGAGAGGGACCCAGAUCAGUUUCAUCCAGCGGACGUGCAAAAAAUUGCCGACUGCGAUGAACUGUGCCGAAGGUUUAUCCGUCACAAAAAGCUGGAUUUGGAAGCAGCUUUCGAAAUGGCGAAAAAAGCACUCAUCUGGCGCAAGAAGUUUGAAGUCAACGACAUCACAGAGGCGACUCUGCCUCCGGUCUACUUUGACUUUGGCGCCAUGUUUCCUCUUGGCAAAGACAAGUUUGGGAGUCAAUUAAUCUACCACAGGGUGAAGUUGCAUCGCAAGGACGAGCGUAACGCGCUGCAGCACCGGCGCUUCCUUGUGUUCUGGGUCGAGAAGCUGCUAUACGAGAUGAACUACGUGCGUCUCAGCUUCGUCUUGGAUCUCGCAGAAUCCGGAUAUGGAAACAUGGAUAUGGAACUGAUUAAUUUCCUGAUCAGUCUCUUCAAGGAGUACUAUCCAUGGGCUCUAGGCUUCAUCAUGGUGUAUGAUAUGCCCUGGCUGUUCAACACGGCUUGGAAAGUGGUCAAGUCCUGGCUUCCCGCUGAAGGCGUGGACCGCAUCAAGUUCGUCGACAGGAACACCAUCACAGAAUUUGUGUCUCCCGAGAAUCUGCCCGACUACAUGGGUGGCACGCAAAAGCUUCCCUUCCGGGAGUACUCGUGGGACGAUGUAGACUUCAUUAUCAACGUUGCCAGUCCUGAAGUGAUUCGUGAGCGGAUCCCGCGAACUCCAGCCAUCGAGGAAUUCUAUCGGAGCCAGUUCGGCAUGUUCACGGCCCGCAGCAGCGCCGACCCCGACGACCAUGCGGCGCUCAUCAAAGUCGAGCCCGAGACUGACCUCGUGUUUGGCGCCGACGAGCCGAACGUCAACAAGCAUGUGGGAAGCUUGGUCCUCACCAACACCUCCGACAGCCACGUCGCGUUCAAGAUCAAGACAAAUAACAUCGACGGAUACAAGGUCAAGCCCUUCUUUGGAAUCAUUCCACUUAACAGCACUGUGAGCGUCAAUGUGGCCCAAAAUCCAGGCUCGGAGUUCCACGCAUCGGACAAGCUUCUCAUCAUGACCACGGGGAUCGAAACCCUGGAGAUCAGCCCCCGCGAGCUCAUUGACCACUGGAGAUCUGUCGCCAAGGAGAACAUCAAAGAACACCGGCUGCGCUGCGUCAAUGCGUCGGGCACGGCCUACCAACAAGCCGACGUCCGAGCUGAAGGAGGUGACCUCGCGCUCCGGCACCACCGGACCGCGCCAGUCGGUCAUCGGCAAGGAGAAGUCGUACCAGUCGUUCUGCCCACCCAAGCCCUCCUCUCCUGGCACCUCCACGCAGCUCGAGAUCCUCCAAGACGUCGUCGGUGAAGUACAGAACAAGCUCGGCGAGGUGUGCAAGGAGAUGGGCGCCAUCUCUCGACGCCAGGAUCACUUCCUUUACGUCUCGUACGCUGGCUUGCUUCUGCUCUUUGCCAACCUCCUGGUGAUGGUCAUGGUGAAGAACUGCCAGUCGUCCACCGAGUGGUACUGCUGAGGAGGGCUGCGUUGUAGACGGCCUGAACACGUUUUGAACAGUGUGAACAGCACAGCCCUAAACCAGAGGCGGACUGGCACUGGCGUUAGGAUGAGCGUCAACGUGCCUGACCGAGAAAAAUCGGAGCAAGAAAAAAAAAAGAAAAAAAAAAGCAUACAAAGAAGAGAAUGUCACCUCAGUUACGACACUGUUCACCUAGUCGUUGUUUUUUUUUUGUACUUAGUAUAAAAAACUUGGAGUUGUCAAUUUUUUUUGUGUUCAUGUGCACUCCAAAUAAACACACUUGUAUAAAAGUUGACUGUUAGCAUGCAAAAAGUGUUUAUGUAAGCAUUGUUCGCUGUAGGAUAAAUAUCAUAACACGUUUUUAUUACAUUGUUUUGGUUGUUAUUGUUGUUUGGAAGAGGUGUUUAUUUUUUCAGACAUUUUAAUGAGGGUGGUGUACUGAAAGCCAUUGGCCGUGUUUUCUACGCAUUGCCCGAUGUUCGUCGUGCUUAUGUUUACAUUUGUCUUACAGCAGUGUUUCUCUAUUAAAUGAAGUUUGCUGAAUGUCUUGUGAA